AUGGUCGGGACUGCUGGGGAGAAACCUUUUACUUGCUCUGUUUGUAAGAAGAGUUUCUCCAGAAAGGGUGACAUGACCACACACAUGAGAACACACACUGGAGAGAAACCUUUUGCUUGCUCAGCUUGUGCUAAAAGAUUCAACACUAAGAAGGAAAUGAUAUUGCACAUGAGAACACACACAGGUGAGAAACCUUUUACUUGCUCUUUUUGUAAGAAGAGUUUCUCCACAAAUCAAAGCAUGACUAGACACAUGAGAACACACACUGGAGAGAAACCUUUUGCUUGCUCAGCUUAUGCUAAAAGAUUCAACACUAAGAAUGAAAUGGCGACACACAUGAGAAUACACACAAGUGAGAAACAUUUUACUUGCUCUGUUUGUAACAAGAGUUUCUCCAGAAAGGAACACAUGACCAUACACAUGAGAACACACACUGGAGAGAAACCGUUUGCUUGCUCAGUUUGUGCUAAAACAUUCAACACUAUGAAGGAAAUUGUAUUGCACAGGAGAACACACACUGAAGAGAAACCUUUUGCUUGCUCAGCUUGUGCUAAAAGAUUCAACACUAAGAAUGACAUGACAUUACACAUGAGAACACACACAGGUGGGAAACCUUUUACUUGCUCUGUUUGUAAGAAUAGUUUCUCCAGAAAGGAACACAUGAUCAUACACAUGAGAACACACACUGGAGAGAAACCUUUUGCUUGCUCAGCUUGUGUUAAAAGAUUCAACACUAAGAAGGAAAUGAUAUUGCACAUGAGAACACACACAGGUGAGAAACCUUUUACUUGCUUUGUUUGUAAGAAGAGUUUUGCCAUAAAGGAACAAAUGACCAAACACAUGAGAACACACACUGGAGAGAAACCUUUUUCUUGCUCAGCUUGUGCUAAAAGAUUCAAUACUAAGAAGGAAAUGAUAUUGCACAUGAGAACACACACAGGUGAGAAACCUUUUACUUGCUCUGUUUGUAAGAAGAGUUUUUCCAGCAAGCAACUCAUGACCAGACACAUGAGAACACACACUGGAGAGAAACCUUUUGCUUGCUCAGCUUGUGCUUAAAGAUUCAACACUAAGAAGAAAAUUAUAUUGCACAUUAGAACACACACAGGUGAGAAACCUUUUACUUGCUCUGUUUGUAAGAAAAGUUUCUCCAGAAAGCGUGACAUGACCACACACAUGAGAACACACACUGGAGAGAAACCGUUUAGUUGCACUGUGUGUGAUAAGAUGUUCAGGUAUAAGUAUCAGGUCAGUAAACACAAGUGUGUAAAA